UUCGUCAGCUCCAAGGUCGGAGACUGGUCCUUUGCCCUCGUUCUGAUCUUCUUCGCUCCUGUUUUUGCGUCCCUUCGCGCCUCCAUCGCCCAUUGGUUCUUCACAUCCUUCACGCUCGCCCACUGCGGGUUGGACAGCUCCAUCGCGAUCAGUCUGGCUCUCUUGACUAAUUUCCUUCUGUGGGUCUUGAACCUCGUGGAUUUCCAGAGUACUUUCGUCAUCGAUAAAGGCAUCGCCGUGACCGAUAUCCGCUUGGCUUCCAGUCGUAUCUUGUUCGUCGUCGGCAUCGCCAUGCUCCUCCUCCGCUGCAUUGCCUACACAGUCGUCGCCUGUAUUGGAGCCAUCUUCUCGAGACUCACCGCUCCAUUGUUCACUAGGGCUGUUCUGCACUCAUCGACUUUCUCUUCUCCCACUGUUUCGACAUCGGCUAGGACGUCAUCUUUCGUCUCUUCCUCUAUCUCAGCCUCAACUCCGCCUAUUCCGCCAUUCGGCCGAAACUUGUCGUGUACAGCGUUCAUCGCUGACCUGAUGUUCACCUCUUCCUCCUCGUCCUCCACCCCUCCCAUGUUCGCAUCCCGAAUCUUGUGGAAGACUCGGUUCAGCACGUCGUCUACGGAGGAAUACCCCAGCCCAUCGGCGGCGCCGUUGUUGACUGUGCAUUGGCAGAUGAGCUCUCGGAUGUUCUCGAAGGUGGCUUGGAUAGUUCGGACGCGGCUGUUGGAGAUGGGUACGUGGCCUGGUUCGGACGGCGUCGUGCAGGCACUGUGGGGAGGGGGGAUUACGACAUGGAAGCCACGGAUAAUGCGAGAUGAGUAACGACUGGUGUAUAUAGAAGCCUUAUAUAGGAACAGUCUGCCGCCAUUUGGCGCACAUGUUUGACUCUGCACGUGAUACUGUUAUGCCUUUCGAAGUAUUCCAAGGUUCCUAGUUGAGCGCAUGUGACGCAGACCGCGGCGCAGGCUCCUGGCUACGCUCUGAUAUCGCUUCGUCUGACGG